CUUCGAGAAAAGAUGUUCGCGUCUGUUUCUUUUGCCACACACCGCGCGUCACCAAUUUCCCCUCGGUGGCAAUCAUAUUGUAUCCUAUCAUAAUCUCCGGCUAAUGGAAUAUAAAAAAUAAUCACGGCUUUUCCACUAGCUGACAAACCCCACCGCGUGCAUAAGUUUCCAAGUUGACAGAAUUUAAUCAUAAACGAAAGUACUAUCAAUCAUCAUGGGUGGUGAAGAGGGUAUUGGAGUAACGACCGGCCAGCCGAACCUCUACAAGCAAGAUUUGUCCAAACUUGACGUUUCCAAAUUGACGGCUCUCUCUCCUGAAGUCAUCAGCAGGCAAGCAACGAUCAACAUUGGUACAAUUGGUCACGUGGCUCACGGGAAGUCGACUAUAGUGAAAGCCAUUUCCGGUGUCCAAACUGUGCGAUUCAAGAAUGAACUUGAGAGAAAUAUCACUAUUAAACUUGAAGGUCGUGCGACGGAGUCAACUACUGGAGAAUUCGCUGAACUACCAGGUGACACUAGUGAAAUGCCAAUAUCAUGUGAUAAACGUGCUAGAGCAUCAACAGGACAGUCUCCACCACCGACAAAGCGGGUGAGACGUAGCUCAAGUGAUGAUAAAGACAGCGAAGAUUCAGCUUUUCAUGAAACAAUGAUUAACGAUGAUAAUUCAUCGAUUAAUCCGACUGACAUUUCUCUGAAAAACGAUGACCGCGAGAUGUACAAAAAAUAUGGCCUAAAAAUAUUGAGUGUUAAACUCAUUGACAUGCACAAAACUGAUUAUAUUCUACCCAUCAAGACAGAAAUUUACGAAGUCGAGAGAAUAAUGGAUAAAAGAAUCAAGGACGGAGAGGUGUCAUACUACAUUAAAUGGAAGAAUUGGAGCACCGAUCACAAUACUUGGGAGCCAGCAAAAAAUCUGACAGAUUGUCCAGAGUUAUUAGAGCAAUUUGAGACUGAUAGAACGAAUCUUCUAGAAAAAUUCAAAAUGACGCAAAAUUUUUAUCCCGAUGUGACAGCAUUGGAGGCUCACAUGAGGGAAUUAAAACGUUCGAUGAAAUCCAUUGAUGACAUACAAGUGGACGAGACGAGCCUGUACAAAAAUCUUCGUAGUUACUUCAGGUCCAAUGGUGAUACAUACGUCAAACUCAUCGAGAGAAUUAAAACGGGAAUCAUACACUCGAUGUACUGCUCCUCGAGGAGAGAUCAAUUGGAAUCACUUCAGGGAUGGGAAACUGAGAUAAACACAAUCACCAAGGGAAAGCCUACCGUAACAGUGGAGAAUUUGGAGGAUCUGGAAGUUACACCUCAGGAUUUUUAUUACAUUGAUGAUUAUCUUCCAGGUGCUGGUGUCACUAUUCCAGAUGAACCUCCUAUUGGAUGUGAGUGUGAAAAAUGUGAUGCCAAGACAAAAUGUUGUUUUGCUCAGUAUGAAGGGGGAUUUCCAUAUACCACCGGGUGUCGUGUUCGUGUCCCUCCAGGUACACCAAUCUACGAAUGCAAUAAACGAUGCACAUGUCCACCUGAUUGUAAGAACAGGGUUGUUCAGCGUGGAUCAAUGGUGAAUUUAUGUAUUUUUAGAACAUCUAAUGGACGAGGUUGGGGAGUUAAAACCAGGAAAUUGAUUAAAAAAGGCACUUUUAUCACUGCGUAUGUGGGAGAAGUCAUCACUAAUGAAGAGGCUGAAAAAAGGGGUAAGGAGUACGAUGCUGCUGGUCGAACAUAUCUGUUUGAUCUUGAUUUUAAUGAAGUUGAGGAACAGUGUCCUUAUACUGUCGAUGCUGCAUUGUAUGGAAAUAUAUCACAUUUUAUCAAUCACUCUUGUGAACCAAAUUCAGCUGUUUAUGGAGUUUGGAUUGAUUGUUUAGAUCCAAAUUUACCAAAACUCGCACUUUUUGCUACGAAGGACAUUCACAGGGAUGAGGAAAUCACUUUUGAUUAUAUGUGUCAAACUUCAAAGGGAUAUGAGAAGAAGAAGAUGACUACUAUGGGCCAAUUGAAUGCAUUGAAUGAGGGAAGACUUAUGGCUGAUAAAGAUGAAGGGAUUGAGAUAUUACCUGACAACAAGACCAAGUGCAAAUGCGGUGCUAAAGGCUGUAGACAAUACCUGUUUUGAAAUUUAAAAGGUCAUGUCAAUCAUAAAAAUUCAUCGAAUUGAUUGUGGAUUAACUAAAAUUGUACAAUUUGGGAGAAGCAGGGGGAAGGGGGAGGUGAUAGAACAUGAUUCAGGGAAUGAUUUUCAAGAGGUUUGAAUACAAAUUUCUGAAAAUAUUUUUUAAAGAAAUUUUUUCAUAAUUGCGAAGAAGUUACCUAUUGGAAUUCGUUGUUGUUUGCAUAAAUGAAUUAUUAAUCACUGACAAUUUCAAGUUUUUAUUCAAUUCAUGUAACCAAUGGUGAGACCUUGGCGGUAAAUUCUUCAAUUAUCAAAGAAUAUUCGCCAAAUUUCUCAUGAAACAUUCAAUUAGAUAGGGGAAAACGCCUAGAGCCAUUGUUGUAGGAAUUUAUUGAGUUAAACAGAAAGGAUUCUGGACAUUUUCUCCUAAAAUUCAGUUUCAAUAUUAAUGCAUACCUGUGAGAACUUUAUGACCAAAUGUGAUUCAUCUCAGUGAUUAUUUAAUUAUCUUAGAAAUAAAUGAUUUCGGAAUGAAAUAUGUAUGAAAUUUGUUCUGUAGAAAUUCCAUCAGUUAUGAAAUUUUCUUGUCACGUUGACUUUCUAAAAUCACGUGUCUCUGAUCUGAAACAAAUUGAUCGUUUAUCACUCACGACUUUAUCACUAGAAAAUAUCAAAUAUUUUAUUGAUCAUUCAGAGGUUGCAGAAAGUCGUACUUUAGGGAAAAUCGUCAGCAGACGUUUUUAAUAACAAUUCCCGACACUCUGAAAAAUGUUUGAUGAAUUUUUCUUCUAAAAGUCGUUUCGGCCAGUUUCGGCCCAUCAGAACCUUGGGCUUUAGGAGUCCUAGGCCGUAAAGUUAAUGUUUCGGAAACUGUUAAAGUACAUGUUUUGUUAAGUCUCAUGAUGUAAGCAGUAUAAACCACAUAAAAUCAAAGCUUUCUUUUGGGAUUUAAUCACAAUAAAGUAGUAAUGAUGAAUUCUAAAGUAUAUUAAAAAAUACUUUUUGGGCCCAGUGGCAUAAUCUACUAUUUUUGAAUCGAUUGACAAUUGCCAAAUGUUUAUUCAAUAUAAAACGACAAUGCGACUCAUUCCAUAAACUGUUAAAUUAUGUGGAUAAUGACUUCUAGAUUAAUAUUUAGCUAUGAAAGCUAUUAAAUUCGAGUCAAUACGUUCUAUCAUUUCGUGCCCGAAUGCAAUGCUAAUUCUCAGGGUAUGAUUUUUUGAUGAUGACUUUUAAUGUUUCUUUCUGUUAAGAAUUUAUACUAUUGGUGGUUACAUUCACAUAUAUUUACGUCAUUAUCAUCACGCACCUCUCAUCACCAUUGAAAUUGUAUGAAGAAAAAUCUGAAAGUGAUUGUGAAACAGAAGCUUCAAUUACCUAAUUUGUUCGAAUUUUCGCUGUUAACUUCAGUCUUAUCGACGCUAAAUUUUUAAUCUAGCGAAAAAUUGAAUGAUUCCUCCGAAAGUGAGUAUUGAAAUGCAUAACUGCCGUUACUAUUAGAGCAUUUAAUGUAACCAAUAAGUAAGGAAUGAAUUUGUAAUAAAAUUAAGGGAUGAAUAAAUUUCAUGUUUUUUA